CACUCACUUCCGUGUUGGCGUGUCUCAACGUCACGCGGCGUGUGAAAGCAAGGAAACGCGGAUGUGUUGUGCCUAAUCUGCAUCUACAGCCGUGUUCCGAUUCUAUGUCGAACCCAAACCCCCAUCCACGCUGAUCUGAGUCAGGCGCAGUACAGCGGACGCGGGUUGGACGGAACCGAGUGGAGGAAUGCCUGCCGGUGUUUGUGGGUGUUGUGGUCCUCUGCGGCCACGUUAUAAGCGUCUAGUGGACAACAUUUUCCCAGAGGACCCCAAGGAUGGAUUGGUCAAAUCAGAUAUGGAGAAGUUAACAUUUUAUGCAGUGUCGGCACCAGAGAAGCUGGACCGCAUUGGGGCGUACCUUGCCGAACGCCUUAGCAGAGAUGUGGUACGACAUCGCUAUGGGUAUGUGGUAAUAGCGAUGGAGGCCUUGGAUCAGUUGUUGAUGGCUUGUCAUUCUCAGAGCAUCAAGCCAUUUGUGGAGAGCUUCUUGCACAUGGUGGCCAAACUGCUGGAAUCCAGAGAACCAGAUUUACAAGUGCUGGGCACCAACUCAUUUGUGAAGUUCGCGAACAUUGAGGAGGACACGCCCUCUUACCAUCGCAGAUAUGACUUUUUUGUCUCUCAGUUCAGUGCUAUGUGUCACUCCACCCAUGAGGACCCCGAAACCCGCACCAGGAUCCGUGUGGCUGGUAUUAAAGGUCUGCAGGGUGUCGUCAGAAAAACUGUGAAUGAUGAACUGCAAGCAAUCAUCUGGGAGCCUCAACACAUGGAUAAACUCAUUCCCUCCAUGCUGUUCAACAUGCAAGACAAUGAGGACUCUGAGAGGGCUGGAGAGGAGAAUCCGGCUUCAUUGGCUGAGAGUUGUUUUCGAGAGUUGCUUGGUCGCGCUGCUUACGGCAACAUGAACAACGCUGUGCGUCCUGUACUUGUGCAUUUAGACAACCACCGUCUGUGGGAGCCGAAUGAUUUUGCUGUGUCCUGUUUCAGGAUAAUCAUGUACUCAAUACAGGCCCAGCAUUCUCACCAUGUGAUUCAGCAAGUUUUGUCUCACCUUGACACCCACAGUAAGAACACACCACGUGUCAGGGCAGGUAUCGUUCAGGUGCUGCUGGAGACAGUUGCCAUAGCAGCCAAAGGUUCCAUCGGGCCCACAGUCCUGGAGGUGUUUAACACCUUGUUGAAGCAUCUGCGAAUGAGUGUGGAUUUUGAACUGGGUGAUGGAUCGCGCAGAAACUCUGCAAGCAGCCUUUCCUCCACCCGCACCAAAGAAAGCGAGGAGCGUUACGUACAAAAUGCUAUCAUACAAACCAUCGGUUUCUUUGGAGGCAAUCUUCCUGAUUAUCAGAGAGCAGAAGUGAUGAUGUUCAUAAUGGGAAAAGUUCCAGUUCACGGCACACCCUGCCACACCCUGGACACUGUCAAAAUUGGGCAUCUGGGCACCAAGAGAAUUCAAGCAAUGCUGCUCAGUUCUCUCAUUAUGGUGACAUCAGGGUUUAAGUGUAAGACGAUGUGUGCUGGUUUACCCGCUCCAUUUCUCGAGCCGUUGUGCUCCAUUUCUCUGAUGGAAGAUAGUGAACUCCGGCAACUUGUCCUGGAGAUCCUGCACAACAUCAUUGAUCGUCAUGACAACAGAGCCAAACUCCGCGGGAUCCGGAUUAUUCCUAAUGUAGCUGCUCUGAAGAUUAAAAGAGAGAAGAUCUCCAAACAGGAUGUGGUUUUCAUGAAAAAGCAUGGGCAACAGUUAUACAGACACAUCUAUCUAGGCUGUAAGGAGGAAGAUAACGUGCAAAAGAACUUUGAGCUGCUCUUCACAGCUCUGGCCCUCAUCACUAUUGAACUGGCCAAUGAGGAGGUGGUGAUUGACCUCAUGCGGUUGUCCAUCGCCCUACAGGACAUGGCUCUGAUCAAUGAGGAGAACAUGCCCAUGUUUAUUCGCUGUGGCAUCAUGGCAUUGGUCGCCGCCUAUCUCAACUUUCUCAGCCAGAUGAUCGCAAAUCCAUCUUUCUGCCAAUAUGUCAGCAAGGUGAUUGAGCUGAGGAAUCUGGAUGCUUCGCACCUGCUGCCUGAACAUGUCUUCAGAGAGAAGUGUGUGCUCCCAGAUUCUCUGGAUCGGGAUGACAUCGGUCUGUAUUUUCAGACGGCUGAUUUGGCAGAAGCUCUGACUGUACCUGGUUAUAACAUAGAGAGACUGGCAUUACCGUACAUUCCCCAGGUUUCAGAUGAAGACCGGCUGCCCCGUAGGAAGAGUUUUGUAGACACCAUUUCUCUCCAAGUUGACAUCCUUUCCAACAGCUUACCUGAUCAGUCUCAGCUUGCAGAGGAGAUCACAUUUGAGACACUUAAGAAGGCCAUUGAUACCACUGGUCUGGAAGAGCAGGAGAGAGAGAAGAGACGGCAGGUGAUGGAGAAGUUCCAGAAAGCUCCUUUUGAAGAGAUUGCCGCCCACUGCGAGUCCAAGGCCAACAUGCUGCAUGAUCGCUUGGCUCAGAUAUUUGAACUCACCAUUCGCCCGCCCCCAAGCCCAUCAGGCACAGUGACUGUGACAUCAGGCCACACCCAGUACCAAUCUGUGCCAGUCUACGAAAUGAAGUUCCCUGACCUUUGCGUGUACUGAGCCACCACCUUUCACCUUUUACUGUAUCACACAAACUAAACGUUAACAUGACCACUAACUUUUAUCACACUUCGUAAGACCACAUGCAUGAUCCUGUGACCUUUAACUCACUUUAACCUUUGACAUGUAACGUCAUUUUAAUCUUCAUUAGACUUAACCCACUAAAUGUAAACAUCAUGUAUAUUCAUGAUAAAAUCCCCUCACAUGUUUACACCUCCAUUUUUCACCAAUCAGCACACAGAGUUCUACAACCAGCUAUCCAAUCAUACAGCAGAUCUAUAGUAUCAUGUGAAUCUUCAGUGUGUGUGAUUUUCAGUUUGAUUCUUGCACUAGAAGGCAGCUCAAAGAAUCAAACUGAUGAGAGUCUUUUGAAAAGAUUGAUUCUUUAGCUCCUUGAUAUCAUGAUUCAUUGGAGUCCUUUAGAAAAUGUAUUAAAAAUUAAGGGAACUUAAAUGCCAGCAUUAGUUCAAAUGCUAUCUAUAUGUCUAUCUCUCUCUUCUCGUUCUCACUUCCUUAGCACAUUAAAGGAAUAUUCUGGAUUCAAUACAAGUUAUGCUCAGUCGACAGCAUUUGUGGCAUAAUGUUCAUUACCACAAAAAUAAAUUGCAACUCAUCCCUCCUUUUCUUUAAAAACAAUAAAAGCACAAAUCGAGUUUCCAGUGAGGCACUUACAAUGGAAGUGAAUGGGGCCAAUUUUUAGACGUUAAAAAUACUCACUGUUUCAAAAGUAUAGCCACAAGGCAUAAACAGUAUGCGUUAACAUGAUUUAAUGUUAUAAAAUUAUUUACUAACCUUUACAGUCAUAGCCAAUUUUACAACUUUGUUAUGAUGAUUUAAACAACUUUACAGCUCAAAUAAUACAUGAGUUUUAACAGAAGAAUUAAUGUAAGUGCUUUUAUUAAAUUAAAAGCUCCACAUUUCUGCCUUUUAAACCCUCAAAAAAUUGGCCCCAUUCACUUCCAUUUUAAGUGGUUCACUGUAACUUUUUUCGUCUAAAUUAGUUUUUGCGGUAAUCAACGUUAUGCCACUAAUGCUGUCGAUUUGAGCUUAAUUUGUAUUGAACUCAGAAUAUUCCUUUAAGCAAUCAUCAGCACAGAGAUUUGAAAACGUUUCUCCCUUAAAUUUCUCCUAUAUAAAUUAUUUUAGUGUACAGUAAUGCACUGGCAUAGAAUAGCCUAUUUUUGCUAAAUAUAUAUACAGUAUAUAUACUUCUAGACGAAACAAUUGGUAAUAGUUGCAGAGCAUUACAUGUUAGCGUUAUGUUCGCAUGGCUUAGCCAAUGUGUUUCACUGCAAACUUCUGUGGAUUUACGCCUUUAUUAAUGUACAAAUAGCCUUUAACUUUGAUGUUGUGGAUGUCCAUGGGGCUUAUUUUGCCACCAAGAGUUCUUAGUGAUCACUUUGCUCUCCAUUUUGCCUUCACUGUAUAGAGAAUCCAAAACAUCUGCUUUUUAUCACCAAAGAGCUCUGCAUAAACCCUUCCUUUAUGGCCACACAUGGCUGCCAAUCAGAAACUUAGUAGGAUAGAGGAUGUGAAUACUGCAGUAAUAGCUGUGAGAGAUAUUUACUUGGACUUUUUAUCUCCAAUGCCAGUUUUUAUUUAGAUGUGGAGCACAAAAUUCUCGAGAUCAAUUCUAAAAUCAACCAGCUGCUUUUGAAUAGAGCCACAAGUGUGUUGUUGGAAUGUUUUUUUUUGUUUAUCAGAUUUUGUUCAUCUAAGGACAAAAAUGUGUGUAAUGCUGAAUUUUACUUUUAUUUGUGACUGUUAGAAGCUGAAAUACAUUGCUGGAAUUGUUUUACAUUCAUCUGAGCUUCCUGUGGUGAGAGCAGUGAUCAAUUCAAGUUUUGUGUUAGCUGUUAAAUGUGUACGCAUCACAGUUUUGGAAAUUUUUGGUUCAGGGCAUUUGCUUUAGUAAGAAUGGCUUGUUGUUUUUAUGAAUGUACUUGUUAGGUUGACGUGACAGGUGUGUAUUCUGCAAGUAUGGCACAUUUAUUGAUUGUUUAAGGAUGAUGUCAUGAUGAUGCGAUGUGGAAUGUUUCAGUGGUCUGGCUGUUUGUGACCAGAGUCUUGCACUGUACAGAAAGUAAAGAAGAAAGGUCAAAAUACAUAGGUUGCUCAGUUGCUCCUUCCAAGUACUCAGAAUGAUCAAUUACCUGUCUAACUGCCAUACAAUCUGAGUAAAAGAAAGCAAUAUGGCAGGAUUUCAUUGCAGGUUUUAAGGUGUCAGGACCCAUUAAAGAGAUAAUUUCCGCAAAAAUGUAUAUUCUGUCAUCAUUUACUCACAUUCAAAACAAUAUGACUUUUUUCAGAACACAAAUGGCAAUGACAGGCAGAAUGUUAAAGCAAUAGUUCACCCAAAAAUUUAAGUUAUCUCAUUUGCUCACCCUCAUGCCAUCCCAGAUGUGUAUGACGUCCUUUCUUCUGCAGAACACAAAUUAAGAUUUUUAGAAGAAUGUCUCAGCUCUGUUGGUCCAUACAAUGCAAGUGAAUGGUGUCCAGAACUUUGAAUCUUCAAAAAUCAAAUGAAGGCAGAAUAAGAGUAAUCCAUAUUACUCCAGGGAUUAAAUCUUCAGAAGUGAUAUGAUAGGUGUGGGUGAGAAACAGAUCAAUAUUUAAGUCCUUUAUUUCUAUAAAUCUUCACUUUCAUGUUCUUCUUUUGUUUUUUUGGCGAUUUGCAUUCUUCAUGUAUACCGCCACCUACUGGUCGGGAGUGGUCAAAGGUGGAGAUUUAUAGAAAAAAAAGGACUUAAAUAUUUAUCUGUUUCUCAUUCACACCUAUCAUAUCAGUUCUGAAGAUAUGGAUUUAACACUGGAGUCUUAUGGAUUACUUUUAUGCUGCCUUUAUGUGAUUUUUGAAGAUUCAAAGUUCUGGCCACCAUUCACUUGCAUUGUAUGGACCUACAGAGCUGAGAUAUUCUUCUAAUAAUCUUUGUUUUCAUCAGAAGAAAGAAAGUCAUACACAUCUGGGAUGGCUUGAGGGUGAGUAAAUGAUGACUUUUCAUUUUUGGGUGAACUAUCCCUUUAAGGACAUACAACUUCAGUCACCAUUCAAAUACCAAAAUAUGAAAUAAAAGUGAUUAGUGACUGAGGCUGUCAAUCCUUAACAUUCUGUCUAUUAUUUCAAGCAACACAAGGGUGAGUAACAAUCAGGUUUCAAACAAAGUGUGGGUGAGUAAAUAAUGACAGAAUUUUAAUUUGUAAAUUAAAUUUAAGAUGAGGGAAGGGACAUUUCUAGAGAAGGAUUUCAGUGAGAUAAUGUUCGUGGACAAAAAUACUUGACCUUCGGCCGUUGGGCAUUUCAUUAGAGUUUGCUUGGUGACAAUAAGUGUAAAAACAAUUUUUUAUGCUGUGAUGAAAUCAGGCUCAUAAUGUCUGUAGAACCUAAUUUCUAGAUUAAUGCAAUAUAUUUUUGGUGUAAUAUGAAAUAGAAAUAUGAUGUUUCAUGAUAUGAGACAUCUCAGACACAUCAUCUGUAAUGCACCUUUAGAGAUUAAUGUGCGUGCGUGUGUCAAACUCGAGUCAAACUACUUUGCAUGCAGGUAUUGUCUUUUUGUUACAAUAUUAAAACGGUGAAGGGAAUUUAGUCGUACUGUAACUUGUAAUCUCAUUUAUAUUGUAAUUCAUUGAUUUUAGUGUAAUUCAUAUUUUAUGUUCAUCCUUGGAAUUUUGCGGUACGUUACUGACUGUGUUUAUCACAGGGUUUGUCUGAAAAUAAUUAUCGUUAGUUGAGUUCUGUUAUAUAUGCAACUUGACUUUUUUUUUUUUUUUGUAUGUGGGAGAAACACGUUUUGGAUUGGCAGUGAUAUGUUGAUACGGGACAGUAUUUUUCAAAGUCUUCCAUGUGAAGAUAGUUCUGAUAGGCAUAUGGCCACAUGUAUCAUGCUAGAUUCUAAAUGUUUAUAAUGGCAUGUGUAAAACAAACCACCGAAGUGUUGCUACAAUGAUAAAAUAAUAUGAAAUACAGUAGGUGUUAUUUAGCCAUAUCCAGGUUCGCUCUCUGAAGGUGUCUGCCACGCUAAUGUGCAAUGAGAUUUUAUGUAUGAAAUAAUACAGUCUUAAUAAAGAUUUUUUAUUUAACUA